GCUUUACUAGUAGAAAUUGGUCAUAAGUGUAAGCGGUUACCAUAUGCAGGUUGCAUGCGGAACAGUGGGCCUUUUUAAUAAUUGCUAAUUACAUUGUGCAAUCAUACGGAGGUUUGUUUCACGCAAUAAAGUCGAAGUGAAGUGCGACUCAUUUUAGAAUUUCUAAUAAACAAAACAAAGGCGGAAAACAAUAAAAAUGACUAAUUCAACUAUUUCGGACCAAUCCCUCAUGGAUAAAUCCAUGCGAAGUGUCUUCGUCGGGAAUAUCCCGUACGAAGCUACCGAGGAAAAUUUAAAAGAUAUUUUCAGUGAGGUUGGACCAGUAUUGUCAUUUAAGUUAGUUUUUGAUCGAGAGACUGGAAAACCUAAAGGAUAUGGUUUUUGCGAAUACAAAGAUCAAGAAACAGCACUUAGUGCUAUGCGAAACCUAAAUGGUUAUGAAAUUGGAGGCAGAACAUUACGUGUUGAUAAUGCUUGUACAGAAAAAAGUCGUAUGGAAAUGCAAAGUCUUUUACAAGGUCAAAACACGGAAAAUCCAUAUGGUGAAGCAGUUCAAGCAGACAAAGCGCCUGAAGCUAUUAGUAAAGCAGUAGCUUCGCUACCUCCUGAACAAAUGUUUGAACUCAUGAAACAAAUGAAAUUAUGCGUUCAGAAUAAUCCUAACGAAGCAAGACAAAUGCUUUUACAGAAUCCUCAAUUGGCAUAUGCAUUACUUCAGGCACAAGUUGUAAUGAGAAUUGUUGAUCCACAUACAGCCGUUAAUAUGUUACAUAAAGCUAAUCCUAUUCCGGGUGUACUUGUACCUCCAGAAAAACCACCGGUUAUAACAGCACCUCCUCCUCGUAUCGAAGAACCUUGGGUUGCAUCUCGGCCUCCUCCACCCAUACCUGUAAAUCCACCUGCUCCAAUCUUUGCUAAUCAAGAUGUAGAUUUAAGGACUUUAGAGAGGCAAAUUGAUCCCAGAAUAGCAAGAAUGGAUCAGGAUUUGAGAGGUCCACCGCCGCAAACAACUGUAGCACCUCCUCCGAUAGUUACAGCAAUUCUUCCUACACCAGCUGAUCCAAGAGCUCCACAAACUUUCAACUUAGGCGAAACUGCUCUACCCAUGGAGGGAAUUGACAGUUUUGCGCGAGAUCCAAGGGCUGAUCGAUUUUCAAGAGAUCCAAGAGAUCCACGUGAUCCAAGAAUGCCUGUUGAUCCUAGAAUGGCUGCUAAACCAAAUGUACCUACCGCACCAGCUGUACCACCACCCCCAAUUGGUACAACUACAGUUACAGGAACUUCAAUAACAAGUAGUAGUGCACGAUUAAUGGCUGGAAUGUCACCAGCUGGAAAUAUUCCUAGUGGGGCAACUGAUCAAGAGAAGGCUGCUCUAAUCAUGCAAGUGUUACAACUGUCUGAUGAACAAAUAGCUAUGUUACCACCUGAGCAACGACAAAGUAUUCUAGUACUCAAAGAACAAAUUGCAAAAAGUACACAACGUUAAUGCAAU